GCCACCCAAAUGACCCAGGUGCACUGCAUGCUCCUCCGCGGCCUCAACGUCAUCGUCACCCAAGCCGCCCCUGUCGCGACCCGCGGCACCAGCACAGACGUGAGGGACUUCAUGCACUUCGUCCGCUCCUGGGUCAUAGCCGUCAUAUACCACCACGACGGCGAAGAGACGUUCCUAUUCCCCGGCCUGCAGACGAUCGUCGGGAACCCCGAUGCGUUUGCGGACGAGAUGGGGCAGCACCGCACGAUGCACGCGCGGUUGGAGACGGUAAGGGAGUAUGCGCGGCGGAUUUUGGAUACGAGGGAGGUGGGGGUGGAGGAGUAUAAGGGGAGGAAAGGGCGGGAUUUGAAAAGGCUUUGUGAGGAGCUGGCGGACGUGUUGGUGGUCCAUCUGAGUGACGAGGUGCAGGCGCUACAGGGCGCGGACAUGAGGAACACGGAUGAAAAGCAAUUGAAGGCACAUGCAACGGCCUUUGAAGCGCAUCUUACGGGGGACACGAGACCGGAAGUGUUUGAAGUGAUAAUGCCCAUCCUGUUAGGAUGCAGUGAGAAGGGGUUCCGAGGGAGUGAUUUUCCUACGGUACCGUUUUUCUUCCCAUAUCUUAUCCAUUACUGGUAUGCGAGGAAGUAUCAUGGAGCAUGAAGGACGCGAACUGCCGUUUGCAGAUUGAGAUAUGCUAUAUCUUAGGCGUGGCUAGAUACCCCAUACCCGUCCAUCUUAUUCGGUAGUAGCAAUGUCAGACAUGCAAAACAUCUCUCUUCGGGACUUGAAUCUUCGAUCUGGGAACCAUUCACUGCAAAAGUGACCUACUUUUGCAGGCAUUAUUGAUGACUCGGUUGUUUUGCAAUAAGCUUUAGUCUGGAGCAUUUGCUCUCGUAGACGGCAGAACUGCCUAUG